AUGUCCCACAAGGAUACCGGCCACAUUGACAAGAAACAAGUUUUCAUUGAUUCCAUAGAACGAAAGGUUUCAAGUAUUCUGCCUGAAGAUGACCGUGAUGGCGAACUGCUCGGCCCUCUGAGGAAGUCUGCUGAAAAGGGAUUGGUUCGCAAACUGGACAUGCGACUGUUACCCACCAUCGUCGUAAUCUUCAUUAUGAAUUAUAUUGAUCGCACGGCAGUGACUGCCGCUCGAUUGAAGGGUCUAGAGCAGGACCUCCAUCUUACAGAUAUUCAAUACAACACCAUCCUCGCUGUACUGUAUGCGUCGUAUUGUCCUGCACAGAUCCCAUCCAAUAUGGUAACACUUCUCACUCGAUUUUUCAGGCCAUCGUUCUACAUUGGAACAUGUGUCAUCGUAUGGGGUUUAACCAGUACGCUCACAGGCGUUACUCACAAUCUCGCCGGCAUCAUCGCAUGUCGCGUGUUCAUUGGAUUACCAGAAGCCGCUUUCUACCCAGGCGCAAUAUAUCUUCUAUCAAGAUGGUACACAAGAAAAGAGCUGGCUUUUCGUUCUGCAAUCCUAUACGGCGGACUCCUGAUAUCGAAUGCUUUUGGGAGUCUCAUGGCCGCGGGUAUCCUUUCCAAUAUGGAAGGUCGUCUGGGAAUCAGAGCUUGGAGAUGGUUAUUCUACAUCGAGGGAUCAAUUACAAUGUUCUUUGGGUUCUGGACAACGUACUUACUUCCCGACUAUCCAAAUAAUACCCGCUGGCUUUCUCCCGCUGAGCGCCGUCUAGCACAAGUACGACUUUCAGAGGAUGCGGGAGAAGCAGACGAAGAUACUGCGGGCGAUUCAGCAUGGAGUGGUUUCAUGUUGGCUAUCAAAGAUCCUAAAGUAUCCAUCAUGGCGGUCAUGACAUGUUCGCAGCUCCUUGGCCUCAGCUUCAUCAAUUUUUUCCCGACAUUAACGUCGACUCUGGGAUUCAAUACCACAAUCAGUUUAUUGCUUGCAGCUCCUCCGUGGAUUUUCGCUACCAUCGUCUGCUGUAUGAAUGCGUGGCAUGCCGACAGAACUGGCGAGCGCUUCUUCCAUAUUGCAGGCUGGUGGUGGGCGGUCAUACUGGGGUACAUUAUCGGUCUCACGACCAUGUCUACCGGGGGCCGUUACGUUGCGAUGUUUCUCAUGGCAGCGGGGUAUGCAGGUUUUGCGCUCACAAUGGUAUGGGUGUCCAACGCAAUACCACGCCCACCUGCGAAACGGUCUGCCGCCAUUGGCAUCGUGAAUGGCUUCGGAAAUAUCGGAAACCUAAUCGGAUCGUUUACUUGGAAAGCAGAAUGGGGCCCUGAAUAUCACCCUUCGAUGUUCAUAAGUCUUGCAGCGCUGGCCUUCAGUUCCCUGCUAGCCCUUGUCGUACGCCAGAUGCUCGUUCAUGAAAACGCAAGAUUGAAAGCGUCAGAACUUGUCACCAUUAGCGAUGGAGACCGCGAGCGGAUUCAAGAUGCAGCACGACUGGAAGGGAUCUCAGUGGCGGAGGCGAUGGAGAGGAAGAAAGGGUUCAGAUAUCUGUAUUAA